CUUUUAUGGGAGUCUACCAAAGCCGUUCCCAAUAGAAAAAAUUAACCAAAGAGCAAAGCCAAGGACAACCCAAAAGGCCAGGAACAACAACAAAAACAAAAAAGUUUGCAUCUCCCUAGCAAGCUUGAGUAUGUGAAAUCUUCUCUUCAGGUUGGUGGAUUUCCUUCUGAUCAAAUAUGGAGCUCUAAUUUUUCCUUUCCUUUCUUUUCUUUUUGGAGUUGGAGCUCAAUUUUGAUUGUUGAUGGUUUGAAUGACUACUGUAAGUUCUCAAAGGUUUUUUUUUUUUUACAUGAAAACCAGAUCCUGUAUGCUUUAUUAGGUUGUUUCAUGGAGUGAACUCUUCUCUCUUUUUUGCUACCCAGAACCUGUCACAUAUAUACAUGUGUGUGUGUGUGUGUGCGUGUGUGUUGAACAAUGAUUUCAAAAACAAUUCUAAAAAACAUUUUUGAACUACAAACUGUUAAUUUGGCUUGUAUUGGACCCAUGUAGGUUCUCUAAUCGUCUAAGUGGAAGUGAAUUACUAUAUAUUAUAGAGGUUGUUGAAAAAUGGGCCAACAAUGUGAUUUCUGCGGAGAUCAAAGAUCCAUGGUGUAUUGUCAGUCUGACAAUGUGUGCUUGUGUUUCUCGUGUGACCGGAAUGUCCACUCUGCCAAUACCAUUUCGCGGCGCCACUCACGGACUCUCAUCUGCAAAAGAUGCAAUUCUCAGCCUGCAAUUGUAAGGUGUGUUCAAGAAAAGAUCUGCUUCUGCCAAAACUGUUAUUGGAUUGAUGGGUACGAGGCAGGUCCCGCUUCAUCGGGGCACAAGAGGAGGCAGGAGGAGGCGAUCAGUUGCUAUUCUGGUUGCCCUACGGCGGCAGAGCUUUCAAACAUCUGGUCAUUUGAUUUGGAAUUUCCUUUGGGUUUGGAGGAUGAUGAUACUGCACUGAGCUGUGAGCAGCAGGGAAGUGGUGGUUUAAUGGGCUCGACCAACGAAGAAAGUCGUGUUAACUGUUUGAUCAAUCCUCAGUUGAACGAGAGCACAAUGGAUCAAGAUUUGGAAGAAAAGAAGAUGGUUGAUAUGGAAAUUGAGCUAUGCUUCUCUGGAAGAAAAGGCACUGGGAUUUUGAAUGAUGAUUUUUUCAAAGACUUCAACAUGGAUGAUAUUGACUUGAGUUUGGAGAACUUUGAACAACUCUUUGGAACUGGUAACUUGUUUGAAAGUGGGGAUGCAGAUGAUGCUGAUAUCAAGACACACUGUGCAUUUGCUUCUGAGGUUCAAUCGGCUACACAAAUUCAAGCAACGGAACAAGGAUACAGAGAUCAAGUAUCUGCUGAUUCUACGACAAACUAUGAUGUUGAUCGAAGCCUUUGCGGGACGCUUUCGUUUGGUGGCCUGAGUGGUGGUGGUGAGAGUGGGAGUGGGAGUGGGAGUGGUGGUGGAGGAGAUUAUAAUGAAGAUUGUAACAUCUCUGCAAUGCAUUCUCCAUUUGGGGAACCUCCAUUGCAUAGUCCAUUAUUGUUGUCAGCUAACAGAGAAAAUGCUGUCUUGCGUUACAAGGAAAAGAAGAAGACUCGCAAAUUUGACAAUAUAAUAAGAUACGCAUCGCGCAAGGCGAGAGCUGAUGUGAGGAAGCGAGUCAAGGGACGUUUCGUGAAGGCUGGCGAUCCAUAUGAUUAUGACCCACUGAAUCGGAAUUAUUGAUUGAACCCUAUAUUUUUGGGUUCUAUUUCAAAUACAGCCCCGCUGCAUACCCCCAGUGGGGGUCGCGCCCCCAGUGACGUGGCGCCCCCACUGGCCGAAGACUCAAAAAAAAAAAAAAAAAAAAAAAAA